UCCAUUGAUUCCAUGCAUGGAUGAUUCAUUCAUAGGAUGGGUUAUGGUAUAAGAGUAUUUGUGUAGUUGGUGUGUGUUUGUUUCUUGCUUUUGUAAUUCUAUGCUAAUUUCCCAAUGACAUCUCUUUCUCUCUCUUUACUCUCUCUCUACCCCUCUCUCAAUUCUCUUGGGUCGUUUUGAGAACUCCUCCUUCUUCUUCACGCCGCCCCUAUCCCUGACUUUAUUACCCACAACACUUGCACUCUCGUUGCAUUCUCUCUAAAUUAUCAGAAUUAGGGAAAAAAGCCCUGAUCACCCUUUUAAGAAAUUUCUUUUCUUUCUUUUGUGUGCCUUUCUUCACUUUAGCCAUGGCUUCAUGGCCUCUGUUAUACUGACUCCUUUGUCACUGCUUAUGGAUGGUUUCUUGUGAUUUAAAAUUUCUCUGCAUUGAAGUUCUUUUCUGUGGAUCUACAUUGGCUUGUAGACAUUGCUUUGUUUGCAGAAAAGGAAUUCUCAAAAACUUCACAAUUUAGAAAAUGGAAGUUGGAAGAACUGAAGUAGACUUUGAUGAGUUUGAGAAGCUUCUUGGAGAGAUACCAAAUGCUACUUCUGGGAAUCCACAUUCUGAGGAAGCUGCACCUAAAAGUGUGUCUCUAAAUGAUAGCUUGGCACCCAUUUGUGUGAAUUCCUUUAAAGGCCCUUUGAUUGAAAAACUCCAAAGCAGUGCAGGUUUGGAUGAAAGAAAACGAUUAAUUAAUAAAACUCAAGGAUCUCCUAUCAAGAGAGUUCAAUCGGAUGAAGCAAAUCUGCCUGAUGAUCAAUCCUUGACAUCUGCAUUUGCAGAUUUGAGCUUCAAUAGAGGUAGCAUCUCAGCAAAUUUUAAAUCCUCACUGAAUCAUGGUGUUCCAUUAGAUUGCAAACUCACAAAUAGCAUGAAGAAUUUGGUUCCCGGCAUAAAUUCAUCAGUGACAGGUGCUCCAUCUUUCCAAUCACCAAAUUCUAUGCCUUGUGAUUUUGAUGGGUUUAAUGUAACAAAAGUUGUCCAAGAAAGAUCCAAUUUGUUGAAGCUUAAUGCUCUAGAACCAAAACAGAUGCCAAUUGGUUAUUGUCAGCCCCAAACAAUUGAAAAUUUUUCCACUGCCUUGCCACUUGCUCAUGGGGUGCAAGGUUUUCAGUUCCUUUCCAAUGUGGCUGUUCCCGGCGUAGAGAUUCCUUUAAUUUCUGAUCAGGGACAAUACUUUGCGGAUAUGCAAUCUGUGCUUCCUUGCAUACAUUCACAACAGUUAAACCAGCCUCACAUCAGUUGGAGAAAUAUUGAAGAGGAGCAAUUUUAUAGGAUGCAUCAACAAUACCUGUAUCUGCAGCAAAUGCGUAAUCAAAGGUUGGAAUCUCAGCAUCCUAUAAAAGGAAAUGGAAAUGUUGCAACAAAGCUAGUGAAUUGGAACGUCAGACAACCAUAUUGUGAGGUUCCAAUCUCUCAUCAAAUUCAACAAUCUAGUCAAGAAGCAUUUUGGAACAAUUAUGCAGUAACGAGGGGUCUGAAUCAAUCACACAAUGGUAUAAAUGUUUUGGAUAAAUUAGGAAAACAUAGUUUUCCUGAAAAGAUUCUAACAAGAUCACAAGGACUGAACACACUUAAAGCUGUGAAAUUUGGUUCAGUGGGAGGAAACGAAUCACUUGCCAAUCUCAAUCAGAAUGGAAAAGUCAUAUCAAAUGGUCACCUCCGCCAUAACUUAUCUACUCCUGGUGCUGGAUACUUUCCAUUAGAUCAUUUGAGCUCAUGGAAUUUGUCUGAUGAUAUCACUGAUCUUAAAAAUACUAAUCUUAGGCUCCAACCUCAGAAAUAUAACUCUGUGGAUGAAGUCACUGGCAGAGUAUAUCUCAUGGCAAAAGACCAACAUGGUUGCCGCUUCUUGCAAAGAAAAUUUUCUGAGGGCACUCCACAAGAUGUUGAAAAGAUUUUUUUUGAGAUCAUUGAUCAUAUCAUUGAGCUCAUGACAGACCCCUUUGGGAAUUACCUUGUUCAGAAGUUGCUUGAAGUGUGCAAUGAAGAUCAGCGAAUGCAAAUACUUUGUGCCAUCACUAGAAAAGCUGGGGAACUUGUUAGGAUUUCAUGUGACAUGCAUGGGACACGGGCUGUUCAGAAGGUAAUUGAAACCCUUAAAACUCCAGAGCAGUUUUCCAUGGUUGUCUCCUCAUUGAAGUCCGGUAUAGUGACUUUGAUAAAAAAUAUGAAUGGUAACCAUGUUGCACAGCACUGCUUGCAGUAUUUAACUCCUGAGUACAGUGAGUUCCUUUUUGAAGCUGCAACUACUAACUGUGUUGAACUUGCCACUGAUCGCCAUGGCUGUUGUGUACUUCAAAAAUGCCUUAGCUAUUCUGAGGGUGAGCAAAGACGCAGUUUAAUAUGUGAGAUCACAUCAAAUGCUCUAAUUCUUUCCCAAGAUCCAUUUGGGAACUAUGUUGUCCAAUUUGUCUUUGAGCUUCGGCUUCCUUGGGCAACAGCUGAUAUAUUUGAUCAGCUGGAGGGUAAAUAUGGGGACUUAUCUAUGCAGAAAUAUAGCAGUAAUGUGGUAGAGAAAUGCCUAAAAUAUGCAAGUGAAGAUCGCCGCACUCAUAUUAUCCAAGAGCUGAUAACUAAUGCUCGCUUGGAUCAAGUCAUGCAAGAUCCUUAUGGAAAUUAUGUUAUUCAAGCUGCACUUCAUCAGUCAAAGGGAGCUCUUCACGCUAUAUUGGUAGAGGCCAUAAGACCCCAUAUUCCUGUGCUUCGAACUAGUCCAUAUGGGAAGAAAGUCCUCUCUAAUAAUAGUUUGAAGAAGUGAUCCGUGGGCUUUGCCUUGAGUUCCUCAAGAAAUUCUGUAAUAAGCAGGAAAAGGAAAGCUCUAAACUUGGCUUUAUGGCUUUGGUAUUUUGGAAGAUUAGAUCUGGAAACAAAAUGGUGGAAAAGAUGCCUUUAACAGCUUAUCUAAACCGAUGGAAGGGUUUGGAUGUUCUUUUUUGCUUCUGUUUAAUUCAACUCUCUGCUAAGGCAUUUUAAGAGCGAAUUCUACUCAACUUGGGAUCCGCAUGUUUGUAGAUCAACAUUUUUGUUUCUCCUCGCCUUUGCAUAGAAAUAAAAGAAAUGUGCAGAUGUAGGUUCUUUGAGUCUUAUGGGGAUAUUUGUACCAUGGGAUUUUUUUAAUCCAAGCUCAGUGCUUGGUGGGCAGCUGCAGGUUGUAAGGGCUUUUAUGAGCUACCUGGUUUUGCAUAUUUGGCAAUUGGCAUUCACUUUUGUGGUGUAUAUUUCAUGUUCAUAGAUUGCCAAGAUUCGGAUAUUUAUUUAUUAUAUAUAUAUUUAUGGUUCUUUCUAUAA